AAAGUGUAUUUCUGUCUUAUCCCUUUUCUCCCGCCUUAGCCAUCGAUUUUUUUUUGCUUGUCAUCGUUCUCACCGUACAACUCAAUCGCCAUCGGAUGUAUUCGGCCGGAGAUUUGAUGGUAGGUUUCCGGUGGGGAGUUCUGUAAUUGGGAUGAGACUGUAAUCUUGGUACAAUUUUCGCCUUGGUUCUUGGAGAAGUGGAGCUGAUGCUAUCUCUUCGUCGAGGAUUUGUUUGAUUGAGUUCGGGUUGACUUCUGGGAGGUUUGUUAUUUGAGGCAGAAUGAAGGGGGUUAGAGACUGGUUAUUUUCUCAAUUAGUAUCCAAGUCAGUGGUUUCAUCUAGACCAUUACUGGGGAGUGACAGUUUCUUUGGUGAGGAAAAUGUAGAACUCAUGGAUGAAGACCAAGAUGAUGGAGUUGUACAAGCAACCAAUAUUGUAACACCCAGUGCCCCUCAUACAUCAGACUCUGGUGAGAAUUUGGAGAACCAAGAUGAUUUGUUACUGGAACAGGUUCCUAGUGGAAAUUCACCCCAAUCUCAACAUAGCUCUAACAGGGGAAAGAUGGAUGUCUUGACAAAGCUUGAGGACCUCCAAGUUCAGUUCUUUCGACUUCUACAGAGAAUCGGCCAGACACAAAACAAUUUGUUAGUGGAAAAGGUUCUGUACCGAAUACAUUUAGCCACUUUGAUACAAGUAGGGGAAUCAGAUCUCAUAAGAGUAAACCUUGGAAGGGGUAAAGCCAGCGCUAAAGCAGCUGAACAAGAAGCAACUGGGAUACCAGAAUCAAACUUCACAUUUAGAAUACUUGUACUGGGAAAAACCGGAGUUGGUAAGAGUGCUACAAUAAACUCCCUCUUCGAUCAAGCAAAAACUGACACUGAUGCAUUUCAACCAGCAACUGGUCGUAUUCAGGAGAUUGUGGGAACAAUCAAUGGGAUUAAAGUAUCCAUCAUUGAUACCCCUGGUUUUUCACAAUGUUCCUCAGGAAAUAUGAAGAGAAAUAAGAAAAUUAUGUUUUCUGUGAAGAGAUAUAUAAGAAAAUCACCACCAGAUAUUGUUUUGUACUUUGAGCGCCUUGACGUCAUAAAUAAGAAUCAUGCUGAUUACCUUCUGAUGAAGCAAAUAAGUGAGGUCUUUGGUUCUGCAAUUUGGUUCAACACCAUCCUGGUCUUGACUCAUUGUUCCUCUGCUCUUCCGGAAGGACCUGAUGGAUAUCCUGUCUCCUUUGAAUCAUAUGUGGCCCAUUCCUCAGAGAUUUUGCAGCAAAAUAUUCACCAGGCAUUGUCUGACCCUAGACUUGAAAAUCCCGUCCUUUUGGUUGAAAACCAUCCUCACUGUAAGAAAAAUAUUAUGGGGGAAAAAGUCCUUCCAAAUGGACAGGUCUGGAGAUCACAUUUCUUGUUGUUGUGCAUUUGCACCAAAGUUUUGGGCAGCAUUAAUGCCCUUUUGAAAUUUCAAAAUUGCAUUGAGCUAGGGCCAUUGGCUAAUACCCGGCUGCCUUCACUUCCCCACUUACUCUCAUCUAUUUUACGGCACCGAGGUAUGUCAAGUCCAUCAGGUGUGGGCUAUGACAUUGAAGCUAUUCUACUCGGUGACAAUGAAGAAGAUGAGUAUGAUGAUCUACCUUCUAUUCGCAUUCUAACGAAAUCCCAAUUUGAGAAAUUGUCGAACUCACAGAAAAAGGAAUACUUAGAUGAGCUGGAUUACAGGGAGACUCUAUAUUUAAAGAAACAGUUAAGAGAAGAGUAUCGAAGGAGGAAGGAGGUCAAACUUUUAAAUGAUAGAGAUUUGGUAGACAAUGAUAAUAAUGGUGAUUUGCAGGCAAUGCCGGAAGCAGAGGCUGUUCUUCUCCCAGAUAUGGCCGUUCCACCCAGUUUUGACUCAGAUUGUUUUGUUCACAGAUAUCGUUGCGUUGCAGUAGACAAUCAGUGGAUUGUGAGACCUGUUCUUGACCCACAAGGAUGGGAUCAUGACGUUGGCUUUGAUGGGAUAAAUUUGGAAACAGCCAUGGAGAUGAACAAAAAUGUUUUUACCUCAGUCACUGGACAGGUGAGCAAGGAUAAACAGGUAUUCAACAUUCAAUCUGAGUGUGCUGCUUCUUACAUAGAUUCACGGGGAUCAUCUUACACUUUAGGUCUAGAUGUUCAAUCUGCUGGUACAGAUAGGAUGUACACUGUUCAUAGCAAUGCUAAGCUGGGUAGCAUUAAGCACAACGUUCCUGGAAUUGGAGUUUCUUUGACAUCUAUCAAGAGAAAUUGCUAUUAUGGGGCCAAGCUUGAAGAUUCCAUAUCUGUAGGCAAGAGAGUAAAGUUUGUAGUCAGUGGUGGUCGUAUUGAAGGAGCGGGACAAAUGGUGUACGGUGGGAGCAUAGAAGCUACUUUAAGGGGUAGAGACUACCCUGUCAGGAAUGACCAUCUCAGUCUAACAAUGACAGUCCUCUCUUUCGAUAAGGAAACGAUGCUGAGUGGGAACGUAGAGUCUGAGUUUCGGCUUAGCCGAAGCAUGAGAGUGUCAGUUAAUGCCAACUUAAAUACACGUAAAAUGGGUCAGAUCUGCAUAAAAGCUAGUAGUUGUGAGCAUUUGCAGAUUGCUUUGAUUUCAGCUUAUACAGUCUUGAGAGCCCUUCUGCGUAGAAAGGAAAUCGAAACAUUGUAGUUUCCGAUGAUCUAUGCCAUUCUGAACUCAAAGCUGAGACUUGUCUGCAAUUUUGAACUGAAAUCGGUUGUUUUAAGUUCCAAGAGAAUUAAUAUGAGAUGUUUUAAAAGGCUACACAUGAUGAAUUUUCCUUCUGUCUGUACAUCGCUUUUCCAGAGAAGUACAUUGCUAAUUGCAAGCAGACAGGUUUUAUUGUCGAUAUUGGCCAAGAGGUUUGAAUACUUGGGGAAGAGUUGAGUUGAUAAUUGUACAGCGAUAGAUAAGGUUAGUUUUUAUUCUUGAACUUCCUGAAUAAUCUACAAUUUUUGUAUUUAUUGAACUCAGUUCCUAUUAGCUAUAUUGAAACUUGAAUCU